GAGGGCACCCCCUGUCACUGGCGAGAGCCGCGACAGGGAGCGACCGAGAGAGUAUCGGACAGACAGACGGACAGACGGACGGACGGACGGACAGACAGACGGUCAGUCAGUCAGUCAGUCAGUCAGUCGGUCCACUCAGUUAGCCAGCCAACGAAAGGUAGUCGUCGUGUUAGAAAAACGCAGCGCACGAGGGGACGGAAGGGCUGGACAACAUAUAUCUGUACACACGUACACACGUAUGUGUAUAUACAUACAUAGAAAGGCCGAGGAGAGGCACGCUUGGAAGAGAGGAACGGAACGCGGCUAGUGGAAAAAUAAGACGGAGCGAAGGCGAAGAGGGAAGAACGAAGAGGAAUACCGAGAAAAAGCAAGGAGAAUCGGUAGUAGGCUUGAUCCAAUAGUAGUAUCGUAGUUGUCUAGUGGUAGUAGAGGAGAAACGAAUCCCGAGAUUGUUAGUACGCGAAAGGGGUGAGGCCGGAAAAGUCGAGGAGGGUUCUCGUGCGAACAGGCUGGCAUGGUGGCGGUGCAUCCUACGAAGGAGCUGCCCUCGCUGUGCCGAUGACGAGGUUGCAGAUCACGCCCCAACGUGAGCAAGGAAGGACGAAGAGGAAGCCGCAGCAGGCACCGUCUACGGAUACCUCGAUCAUCCGGGGAGAGGUUAACGACAGGUUACAGAUACGGACGGCGCUGAGUGACGGACGGCGGCGACGGAGGCGACGGCGUCGCAACAUCGACGACCACAUCGUCGUGGUCGACGGCUGGUGUAACGAGGAACGCGAUACCGGCAAUAGUGGUGCCGGUGGCGGGCUAGGCGUCGCGCUAGUCGACGUCCUCGGGAUCGUCGAUCGACGUCGGUACGGUGGUGCGUUUGGUGCGGUUGGUGAGGGUGUUGGUAGUGGUGUAACAACGUCGGAGGUUUUUCGUGACAGGGAUACUACGUCGGGAUCAUCGUCGCCGCCGCCGGGUGAUCGCCACCUGGUGAACGAAACGCGAAGGGUCCGUGGCUGCAACGGCUACGGAACGGGUCAACUGCGUCAACAUGCCGCGCUGCCUCAUGGCCAAGAAAUGGAAGGCCUACCCGUGGCCAGAUCGCGUGGACGAUCCACAGGAGGAACAAAACGAUCCUUCGAGUAUUCUGCAGGAACAGGGGAGCCAUGGGAUACAACAAACCUCGGCGUCCUUAGAGAAGAGGCAGCACAGGCAUGAGCCGGAGGACGAGGAGAUCGACGUGGUCGGGGACACGGAUAGCAGACAGGUCGAUCAUCAGCAGACCUGUUGGGGUCCGCACAGUCCAACCGCUGGAGCCACUGCGCCUAGUCCACCGCCACUCAACGCCUCUGGUGCUCUCUAUUAUCAUGGUUACACGCACGAGUCGUGGAUCAACCACGAAGAGCCGCCGAAAUACGCGACGCUGCGCUCGGCAGCGGAGCUGGCCAGACCGGUGGUACCGUCGCCACCGCCUCCAGCCGCGCCGCAAGAGCUGGCCCCGGUGGUGACCGGGUCCAGCCUGCACCAACCACACCCAGCGCCAACGACAACCCCGUCGUCGUCGUCCACGUCGCUGAGCCUACCGCCUAGGAAGAGCCUCUCGAUGUGCUUCACCAGCACCGGGACGGCGCUGUCGUUGCCGCCGAAGAAGAAGGACAUCUACCGGCCCUACAGCCUCCAGCCCACGUCGGAGAUCCGCACGUCGGCUGAGGAAGACCUGUCUGCCGCGCAGGCGAUCCUUGAUCUCAGCGCGUCCCCGGCUGCGCCCACGCACUCGGUCUUCAUUCACACGUUAUCGCCACCGCCGCCACCACCGCCGCCUCCAACGGCGCCAGGCGUCGCGGCGACCGGCCAGCUGCAGCCGGCACAGUUGCAGCCGGCACCUACCGCGCAGCCCAUUCCCGUCUCGGUCCUGGUGCCUGUGCCUAGCUCGCAGACUAGCCAGCUGCGACAACAGGAACAGACGCCGCAGCCACAGUCACCGGCCACAGCGGAGGCCAACGCGAGCAACUGUACCGCCGGAAGAGAUGGCACCAGCAGUAGCAGCAAGACAGUGGCCUACACGUACGAGGCGUUCUUCGUCUCGGACGGCAGGUCGAAGCGUCGUAGCACGAAUACGAACGGCGCUGCAGUGCCGGACAAGGAGGCUGCUCAGCCGGACAGGCCAAAGUUCACGUGCACGGAGUGCGGCAAGCAGUACGCCACCUCGUCCAACCUGUCCCGGCACAAGCAGACCCACCGUAGCCUGGACUCUCAGUCCGCGAAGAAGUGCAUCCACUGUGGCAAGGCAUACGUGAGCAUGCCUGCGCUGGCUAUGCACGUGCUGACCCACAAGCUGGCCCACAGCUGCGGCGUCUGUGGCAAGAUGUUCUCCAGGCCUUGGCUGCUACAAGGUCACCUGAGAAGUCACACGGGCGAGAAGCCUUAUGGGUGCGCGCAUUGCGGCAAAGCGUUCGCCGAUCGCUCAAAUCUGCGCGCCCAUAUGCAGACUCACUCCGCGGACAAGAACUACGAGUGCUCCAGAUGCCACAAGACCUUCGCCCUCAAGUCCUACCUGAACAAGCACCUGGAGUCUGCCUGUCUGCGCGACGACGAGAUGCCGCCGCAGCAGCAACAGCAGCAAACCGGCGCCGCGAACGGUGGCAAUAACGCGACGACGCAACACCAGCAGAGCAACAAUCGAGGUUUGUAGCAGCGUUCCGACGAGAGCAAGACGACGACCAGGCGCCCCGACGACCUAGGGACCGCGGCUAGGGAGAGCUAGCGGUCGUUCCCAGCGACGCCCGGCUAACCGGGCAGUGAGCGAGAUCGAUGGGAGAACGUAGGCGGGGAUGAAGAGAGGCGAGGGAGAGAAAGAGAGCGAGAGAGAGAGAGAGGGAGCGAAUGAAGUAAAGGUUUGCCGUAGGUUUUAAGUAGAAAAGUGCCAGUAGACAAAAUGGAGGAUAAUAGAGAGAAGUAACCGAAUGGUAGAAAUGGUAGAGGGGAAGAGAUGUGGGAGGGUGGAAAGGAGAGAGAUAGUGGGAGGUGUCGGUUUCUUAAAUAAUGUCUAACAUUAAUAAAAACGUCCAAUAAUGUUAAGUCUUAAAACGAGCAGAAAGAGAAAAAGCGAAAAACGGGGGAAAAAGGAAGAAAAGAAAUUCACUGACGAAACGACGAAAGAAAUAAAGAGGGAAGGAUAAACGAGAUGAGGGUAAAGACAAAGAAGCGAAGAGAAGAGGAAAGAAGAGAAAUAAAAACACGUCGAACGGUGACGUCCACACUGCAGUCUAGUCACUCUAGUCGAUUAUACCUAAUACAUUAUGAUAUUAUAUUAUUAUAUUAUAUAUUAUAUUAUAUUAUUAUAUAUAUAGUAUAUUUACUAGCGCGUACGGUUCUAGUCGCGAGCUCGUUACGGAGACACACUAUUUAUUGAUACUUAGCUGCCUAAAUGAGAUAACGUGGGAAAUGAAAUUCCCCGAGGAUUAAGGAAAACCACACACGUACACACUAUACGCGAAACGGGGGACACGCGCCGCGAAUCAUGAGCAACGAUAACGAUCAAGGUCGCAACAAGGAUAGAUCCGACGCGAUAACGACUACGCUAAGAAGCUCGACUUAACCACGAGCUAACGAGAUUUCCGGCCGGUUUCCGAUUCUUCCUCCCCCCGACCCCUCCCCCUUCGCCGCGAACCCCGCGAGACCAUGCAUCGACGCUCGUCCUAGGCGUCCUCACGCCAAACGUGGCAGUUUUGCGGGAAUCGAAUCGUGUCCAGAGAUCGAUCCUCCGCUCGUUGGAACGCACACCCGUGACCAGGCGACUCUGCUCCUUCCGGAAGUCCUCGAGCACCGGAUCGAACCUCGAGACGAUCCAUCCCCUCCCAUGUUCCUUUUUUUUCAAUCGCCCCUUCGAAGUGUGGUCAGACCACAUCGCUCGACCUGAGGUCGAUCCACGGAUGAUCGAUACUCUCGAUGGAGGCGCCGGUGCAGGCCUGCAACCGUUCCACGAGGAAACGUUGCGCACGAACCGUUCGUGUAACGUGCCCUGAACUUUGAUCACGUGGU